GAUCGGUCUUGCGUUGGGGGAGGGAGACCCCAGGGCCCCCCCUCCCAGAUAUUGGAGGGGGGGGGGAUUUGCUGUCUGUCCCCUCCCCCUCAUCCCCACACACUGUCCCCAUACACUUGGGGGGGGCUCUCUGCCCCCCUAUAUUGGGGGCUCCCUCUCUGCCCCCCCACCGGGGGAGGCCUCACUCGGCCCCCCCAGGUCCGCGCCCCUGAACCCCGGCCCCCCUCUCUGUGUGUCCCUCCCCCCGUUAUCUGGUGUGUGCGGGUUGAAGGUUCCCUCGAGUGGCCCCCGACUCCCAGAAAGGCCCCGUACUGCCCCCCCUCCCCCACUGUGUAAGCAGAGGGGGAAGUCACAGGGCCCCCCCCCAACACACACCCUGGUGUUGGUUACUGGUGUGUGUGGGGGUGUUUCUGGUGAUGCCAACCCCACCCUUGGGCUUGUGGCCUUUGCCUCUGCUUGGGGGGGAGGAGACGGGGGGGCUGCAGCAGCACCCCUUCUCCCUGCCCCACCAUAGCUCUGUCCGGUAGCCUCUGAGGCUAGCGUGCUGCUUGGGGACAUGCUUAGCCCGCAGAUGGGGCCUCUUUACACUCCUAAGCCAAAACUUGUUCUGAGUAUGUUGGGGGGAGGCAGUGGGGUCAACCGGGCUAUAACCAGUCUGUCGCCCCCCCCCCCCACUCCCCCCAGGACAAUAGGAACUGGGAGCUGAGCCAGCCGGCAGGAGUGGCUUCCGGUCACCCUUGUGAGAUCAGUUUAACAGGCAGCGAGAGAGCUAGAGAAGCAGUGUGGCUGAGUGGACUGGGACGUAGGACGGAUGCCCCAUGUCUUCUGGAUGAUCUUGGACUGUGUGUUCCAGGUGCUUGGAGCUAGAGACUUUUCACAAUGGGUGAAAGAAAAGGCGUGAAUAAGUAUUACCCUCCUGACUUCGAUCCAGCAAAGCAUGUCUCCCUUAAUAAAUACCGGAACAGCCACCCACUGCGAGAGAGAGCCCGCAAGCUCUCCCAGGGCAUCCUUAUCAUCAGGUUCGAGAUGCCCUACAACAUCUGGUGCGACGGCUGCAAGAAUCACAUUGGAAUGGGUGUCCGGUACAACGCGGAGAAGAAGAAAGUUGGGAAUUACUACACUACCCCCAUCUACAGGUUUCGGAUGAAGUGCCACCUGUGCGUCAAUUACAUCGAGAUGCAGACGGACCCAGCCAACUGUGACUACGUCAUCGUGAGCGGGGCCCAGCGCAAGGAGGAGCGCUGGGACAUGCAGGACAACGAGCAGAUCCUGACCACAGAACACGAGGAGAAGAAGAAGCUGGAGACAGAUGCCAUGUACCGGCUCGAGCACGGCACCGUAGACCAGAACAAGCUGCAGAGAGCCAUCCCCACCUUGUCCAACAUCCAGGAGGCCCAGAGUGCCUGGAAGGAUGACUUUGCCAUCAACAGCAUGCUGCGCAGGAAAUUCAGGGAGGAGAAGAAGAUUCUCCAGGAGGAAGAGGAGAAGGACCUGGCUCUGCAGACCAAGGCCAACCUGAGCAUCCCUCUGGUGCAGGAGACGGAGGAGGACCGGCGCCUGGCAGCCCUGCUCAAGUACCACAGCCUGGACUCUUAUGAGGACAAACAGAAGCUGAAGCGAACAGAGAUCUCUGGCCGCUCCUGGUUCCCCCCUGCUCAGGCUCCAGCUGGCAAAGCCACCGACACGCUUAAGAAGCUGGGGCUCGCCGGGAAAGCCGUGCCCCCAAAGACGCUCACUGGCGGCUCACACGUCGCAAUCGGCCACUUGGGCAUCGUGCGCCGCAAAUCCAGGGAGGGGCCCGAGAGCCUGCGCAGCGCGGGAGAGAGCAUGGAGCACGGGGCACGAACUGGCGGGCAGAGCCGCGACAGCGCAGCCCGUGGGACGCCCCAGCAGAGCUCCCCCGUGGCCGACAGCGACGUCCUCCCCGCAGAGGGCACUGCCAGCACCUCCUGCUCCGCCAGCCUCAGCUCCUCUCUCGUGGCAGACUAUUCGAACUCCAGCUCUGAUUCGGAAGUGGACUGACACCUCCCCCCCCCCCCGGUUAGGGCUGGACUUAGGGGGCCGCAUUGUUUCAAUGACUCUAAGCCAUAGACCCAGCAAGAACUCUGGCUCCUCCAAGCCGCAGCAGGGAUCCUGCCUUCUCCACAGAGCUCCCAGCCAGCCAGACCUUCAAACGCCCUGUAUCAGCGCUGUCGAUUCCCUUCCUGGCGUAACUCUGGAAAGGCAGAGCCUGUACCCCGUGUAUAUGAGAUUCCUCCCCCCAGGAUCGCAGGCAGCCUCCUCUAGCGGGGAUUCACAUCUGCCCCUCUGAUAUUUAUACAGUGUCCCACCCCUCGUCCCCUAUAUCUGCUCCAUUAGUCCUCUGUACAUAGUAAAGGAAAGGACAGACUAAAAUAAGCCUCCAUUAAACGCUGGCCCCAACUGAUUAACCAUGUGGUUCGCUGACAGCACACACCCGGCUGGUUGUGAUGAACCUUCGAGUCUCUCCUGCUUCAUAGCAACAAGCCUGAAGAACGGCGGGAGAGGAUACCAGGUAGCUGGGACUUUGCAGGGAAGCGAAUAGCUGCAACGGAAACGCUCGCAAGCUGCUGCUCUCUUAAACCUGCUAAAUGCAGGGCUGCCAAGGGACUUGUCUGCAGGUGACAUCUUCAAACACGGGAGAACCUACGUCCCGUUUUCAGAAAUGACCUAGACCCUCAGGUCUGGUUUAUGUACAGAGCGUGUGCUGCCAGGACGGCCACUUCUCUCCUGAAAUCAUUAAAACUCUAGAACUCG